CUCAACCAUCCUUCACCGUCCACCUUUCCCCCUUCCCAAAAGUUAUGGCCAGCCCCCAUUUCAGCUCCCCCUUUCGCCCUCCCUUCUAAAUCUAUAUAUAUAUCCUUCAUCACCACCACUCCCUCAUCUCAAUCUCUCAUCUCAUUCUCAGCUCCAUGGAUUCCACUUCCAGUCUGGAGAGCUGUAAGCAAUCAGCCGUCGACUUCCGCGGAAACCCGGCGGAGAAGUCGAAAACCGGCGGAUGGCUCGCCGCCGGUCUGAUAUUAGGAACAGAGUUAUCUGAGAGGGUUUGCGUAAUAGGAAUCGCCAUGAAUCUGGUUACUUAUCUGGUUGGAGAUCUUCACCUUUCUUCCUCCAGGUCUGCUAAUAUAGUUACUAAUUUUAUGGGAACGCUUAAUCUUCUGGCUCUCCUCGGCGGAUUUGCAGCGGACGCAAAAUUCGGCCGGUUUCUCACCGUUGCCAUCUCUGCCGCCAUUGCUGCCGCAGGAACCUGCCUGCUAACAAUGGCCACCUCUCUGAGCAGCAUGCAGCCACCGGCAUGCACCAGAAUCCUCCUUCAAGAGCACGAAUGCGUGCCGGCGAGCGGCGGGCAGCAGGCCAUGCUGUUUGCAGCGCUGUACACGAUCGCGGCGGGCGCCGGGGGUAUAAAGGCAAACGUGUCGGGUUUUGGGUCGGAUCAGUUCGACAUGAAUGACCCGAAGGAGGAGAAGGCCAUGCUUUUCUUCUUCAAUAGGUUCUACUUCUGCAUCAGCUUGGGUUCACUGUUCGCUGUGACGGUGUUGUUUUAUUUACAGGAUAAUGUGGGGAGGGGAUGGGGGUAUGGGAUAUCGGCGGGGGUGAUGGUGGCGGCGAUGUUGAUUUUGUUCGCCGGAACGACGAGGUAUAGAUUCCGGCGGCCGCAGGGGAGUCCGUUGACGCGGGUGGAGGAGCUUAAUGGUUAUGAGGCGGCCGUGGCUCCGCAUACCGACCGUCUCAGGUGGCUUGACAAAGCAGCAAUCCUGCAAACAAAUGAAAUUUCAGCUUCAGAAUCUGUCGAUCCAGAAACAAAGGCUGUUAAAACAAAUCAAACAUCAACUGUAACAGAGGUAGAAGAAGUUAAAAUGGUGUUAAAGCUGCUACCAAUUUGGGCAGCCUGCAUCAUGUUCUGGACCAUAUAUUCUCAAAUGACCACCUUCUCAGUAGAGCAAGCCACCUACAUGAACCGCAGAAUUGGCUCCUUUGCUUACCCUUCAGGCUCCCUCUCCUUAUUCCUCUUCAUCACCGUCCUCGUCGUAACCUCCCUCAAUGAGAAACUCUUUGUCCCCCUCGCCCGCCGCUUCACGCACAAUGUUCAGGGCAUCACGAGCCUACAAAGAGUAGGCAUCGGCCUCAUCUUCUCGGUGCUUGCCAUGGCGGUCGCUGCAGCGGGUGAGAUGGGAAGGGGAGGGCGGCUUCAAAAUGAGGGAAAGAACAGUAUAAGUGUGUUCUGGCUUGUUCCUCAGUUCUGCUUGGUUGGUAUGGGGGAAGGGUUUGCUUAUGUGGGGCAGCUGGAGUUCUUCAUCCGUGAGGCGCCGGAGAAGAUGAAGUCAAUGAGCACGGGACUGUUUCUUAGCACCUUAUCAAUGGGGUUCUUCUUGAGUAGUGUUUUGGUGACUGUAGUUGAUAAAGUUACAAGCGGGGGGUGGAUCAAGAAUAAUUUGAAUAAAGGGAGGUUGGAUUAUUUUUACUGGAUGCUUGCGGUUCUUGGUGUACUGAACUUCCUAGUUUUCUCGGUAUUUUCAAGCAGACAUCAUUACAAGGUCCAGAAGUAUCAGUGGACGAAGAAUCAGGGUGAGGAGCUCAAGGUAUGGACUGAUGAAAGCUCUGAAGUUAAACAGCAUGGAGAAGUUGUUUAGGAAAGGCUUGGUUUUUGUGUGGAUGCGGCAUUUGGAUUUGUUCAUGGAAGCCUGCGCAAGAUGGGUAUGAUGAUAUCUACGGUUUUUAAUUGUUCUAUGAGUCGGUGUUGAUGCCGAAAUGUGAAUUGAUGAGUGGAAGAAUGUGAGUCAAGAGCUGCAAAGUUGGAUGCUCCACAAUGGCCGUUCUUUGAAGCUGGAAGAGAUUAUGUUUAGCAAUAUGUAGUAAUGUUUGCAACUUUGAAGAUAAUUAGUAGAACAAAUUGCAUCUUGAAGCUCCAGUGCUUAUUAGCAUCAUAUUCCAUGAGAAAAUUAAGAAAAUAAACGAUCGACCAUUUAAAAAAACUGUUUUUUUAAACCCAAUAAUACGCUUCAGAUCUCAUUAGAAGACACGCUCCAAAUCAUUGAAAACAUGGUAAAAAUCAUACAGUAGUGUAAAUAAAAACCACAAAAGAGAAAGAGAACUGGUUUAUCACAGUAAAAGAUUUGUAUCUCACUUCAUGCACAAUAAUAA